UUAUUAUUGUAUUGGAUUGCAGAAUUAUAAUGAAGGGGUUAUAAAAUUAUUAAACGUAGAGCCGUAGACAUUUUAGAUCAAAGGCUUUUCAGAAGCUGCAGAGAUGACGGAGAGGCCAAGGGUGUCAAUGACACUGCUAGCAAUAGUGGUUCUGCCAAAUUUUCUAUGUGUAUGCAACGCGAUUGAGUCACCACAGUACUCGGUGGUUCACUCAGAAUCAGACUUUGAUAUCAGACUUUACAGAGAGACCUCAUGGAUGUCUGCUCCUGUUAAAGACAUCUCCUUUGAGAAGGCCACCAGAAAUGGCUUCCACAGGCUGUUCCAGUACAUCCAAGGUGCCAAUUUGAAUUUCUCUCGAAUUGCAAUGACAGCUCCCGUGCUGACAAGCAUAGUCCCAGGAGCUGGCCCCCUUCACUCAUCGGCCUAUUUUGUUAGUUUCUACUUGCCUACAAAGUUCCAAACUACUCCACCCACACCUCUCCCUGAACUCGGCUUGGAACCCUAUACCUGGGACAGUCAUUACGUUGCCGUCAGGAAGUUCUCUGGAUUUGCAAGAGAUACUAACAUAGUGCAAGAGGCAGAGAAGCUUGCUACCAGCUUGAGCAGGUCUCCAUGGGCAAAUUCUACAUCAGAAGAAAGCAGCUAUGCUUAUUCAAUCGCGCAGUACAGCUCCCCAUUCCGAGUUAUUGGGCGUGUGAAUGAGGUUUGGGUGGAUGUCAAUCCAUCUGGUUUAGGUGGCUAUAAAUACAGUGAAAUAGCUACGUCCUGAAAUUCUUCAAUUACUCAAUGUGACAUUCAAGGGAGUGAUCUAUGAACCAGACAAGAAGUGGUACAUCUUAAUCUCCUUAGGUGCAUCUGUAUGUAUGUAUAUGUGUUUGAUAAUCUGCAUGUAAUAUGUCUCUGCGUUCCAUUUUUUUGGGAAGUAUGAGCCAGUGAAAAAUAGUACAAUAUAACAUCAAGUCCAAAAAUAUAAAAACAUUAGUCCUUCGUGGUUUCCUAUGUCGAGGCGUGGGAGAGCUUAUUGAUAUGCUACCAAAUAUUUGGCUGCAGGAAUUGAACCCUUCACAAA